GCAGCAGCCAAAAUCAGCCAAGUGAGGCUCACUAACCAAGCGACAUCAAGCAUGUUACUGCUGCAGCCCAAUAGCUCCUUUAGUUCAUUGUCGCCCUUCGAUAACUUCUCCACGCAAACCGCCGCGACGACCUCCACGACGUCGGCAUCGGCAGCUGGACUCCAUAGCCACCUCCUCCAUCAGCAGCAUCACAACCAGCCGCAGCAGCAGCAGCAGCAGCAGGAACAUCUACAGCAGCAGCAGCAGCAGCAGCAGCAACUUGGGAACUCCCAGCAACACCUGCUCAAGUCGGAGACGCUGCUCUCCCAUGAGGAGGAUCAGUUGAUCAGCAACCUGACCGACGCGUCUGUGGUGUCGCACAGCGAACUCUUCUCGGAUCUCUUCUUCCCCUCGGACUCCAACAACUCCCUGCUCUCGCCCACCACCAGCGGCUACCCGGACAAUCCCGCCGAGGACCUGACCAGCUCCAUUGAGAAUCUCACCAAGUUGACGUGCCUGCGGGACAAGCGAUUGUCCUCGAUCCCCGAGCAGCAACUCAGCUCCGAGCAGGAGCAGCAGCUCUGCCUGCUCAGCCUGCGUUCCAGCAGCGAUCCGGCAAUUGCACUGCACGCGCAGCAGCAGCAGCAGCAGCAGCAACAGCAGCAGCAGCAGCACCAGCAGCAGCAGCACCUUCAACUCCAGCUGAUCUCGCCCAUCGGUGGGCCCUUGUCCUGCGGCAGCAGCUUGCCCAGCUUCCAGGAGACCUACUCCUUGAAGUACAACAGCAGUAGCGGGAGCAGCCCCCAGCAGGCGUCCUCCUCCUCCACCGCCGCCCCCACGCCCACCGACCAGGUGCUGACCCUCAAGAUGGACGAGGACUGCUUCCCGCCUCUCUCCGGCGGCUGGAGCGCCAGUCCGCCCGCCCCCUCCCAGCUCCAGCAGCUGCACACCCUGCAGUCCCAGGCCCAAAUGUCGCAUCCCAGCAGCAGCAGCAACAACAGCAACCACAGCAACAACGCGGGCAACAGCCACAACAGUGGCGGCUACAACUACCACGGCCACUUCAAUGCCAUCAAUGCCAGCGCCAACCUGUCGCCCAGCUCCUCGGCGAGUUCCCUCUACGAAUAUAAUGGCGUGUCCGCAGCGGACAACUUCUACGGACAGCAGCAGCAGCAGCAGCAGAGCUACCAGCAACAUAACUACACCUCGCACAAUGGCGAGCGCUACUCGCUGCCCACGUUCCCCACGAUUUCGGAGCUGGCCGCGGCCACAGCAGCUGUGGAAGCCGCGGCGGCGGCCACCAUCUCCUCCCCAUCGGUGGGCGGACCGCCGCCCGUUCGCCGGGCAUCGCUGCCGGUGCAGCGGACCGUUUCGCCAGCCGGAGCCUCGGCGCAGAGCCCAAAGCUGGCCAAGAUCACGCUGGGCCAGCGGCACUGCCAUGCCCAAGCUCUGCAGCUCAGCUCGGCGCCCAAUUCGGCGGCCAGCUCGCCGGCGAGCGCGGAUCUCCAGGCGGGCCGACUGCUCCAGGCUCCGUCGCAGUUGUGCGCCGUUUGUGGCGACACCGCGGCCUGUCAGCACUAUGGAGUGCGCACCUGCGAGGGAUGUAAGGGGUUCUUCAAGCGGACCGUGCAGAAGGGCUCCAAGUAUGUCUGCCUGGCGGACAAGAACUGCCCGGUGGACAAGAGGCGGCGCAACCGCUGCCAGUUCUGCCGUUUCCAAAAGUGCCUGGUCGUGGGCAUGGUCAAGGAAGUGGUGCGCACGGACUCGUUGAAGGGACGGCGGGGCAGGCUGCCCUCGAAACCGAAAUCUCCCCAGGAGUCGCCGCCAUCGCCGCCCAUCUCGUUGAUCACGGCUCUGGUGCGAAGCCAUGUGGACACUACUCCGGAUCCCUCGUGCCUGGACUACAGCCACUACGAGGAGCAGUCGAUGAGCGAGGCAGAUAAGGUGCAGCAGUUCUACCAGCUGCUGACCAGCUCCGUGGACGUGAUCAAGCAGUUCGCCGAGAAGAUUCCCGGCUACUUUGAUCUCCUGCCGGAGGACCAGGAGCUGCUCUUCCAGAGCGCUUCCCUGGAGCUGUUCGUCCUGCGGCUGGCCUAUCGCGCCAGGAUCGACGACACCAAGCUGAUCUUCUGCAAUGGCACGGUGCUCCACCGCACCCAGUGCCUGCGGUCCUUUGGCGAGUGGCUCAACGACAUCAUGGAGUUCAGCCGCAGCCUGCACAACCUGGAGAUCGACAUCUCCGCCUUCGCCUGCCUCUGUGCGCUCACCCUGAUCACAGAACGCCACGGCCUGCGGGAGCCCAAGAAGGUGGAGCAGCUGCAGAUGAAGAUCAUCGGCAGUCUGCGCGACCACGUCACCUACAAUGCCGAGGCCCAGAAGAAGCAGCACUACUUCAGCCGCCUACUGGGCAAGCUGCCCGAGCUGCGAUCCCUGAGCGUCCAGGGACUGCAGAGGAUCUUCUACCUGAAACUGGAGGACCUGGUGCCCGCGCCAGCCCUCAUCGAGAACAUGUUCGUCACCACAUUGCCCUUUUAGGCGAUCGAGCGAUCAAGCGUAUCAUCACAACUUGCUUCCUUAAACUAGCCCCUAAGUUAUGCCUCCUAAGAUAUGCAGAGAAGGACCCAGUAGGACCCAACUAGCUUUGGCAGAAGCCUGAAAUAAAUAAAUCUCACCACAGCAAACGCGGACCCAGGCCAUAUCUCUAGAGUAGAGCUAGGUAGUUUGCCGGACAGCCCCGGCUCCUUCAAUAAUUACGGACAUGAAUAUUUGAGAGAGGGUUUCCAGUGCACAGCCUAUGGCUCCUGCGUGACUCGUCAGCACCGCGAGUUCCAACUUGUUGACGUUAAUUGUUAAAUUGUUUAAUUUCAACUGUCAAAAGCGGAAUCAACGGCCAGGCACGCAAUGGAAACACUUUCCAUCCCAGGACUUCGAAGCUUGCUCAACCGCAUUCGGCACUACGGACGGACAAACAACGGACAGAACGGACCGAACGGACAGAACUCUCUUGCUCUCUUGCCUUUUGCUAACUUCUAGUCAAUUGAUUUAGGCGAAACAAAUAAAUAAAUAAAG